ACUGCGUAAAAAUGUCAUUGUCAAAAAUAAAUUUUUCGGUCGACGUCCGCUCAUAAUAAUUAUUCGAUACGUACCUUGACAUUAUUAAUUGCGGAUAACUAUGAUAUCAUCCAAAACAUGUCGAUUACGACACUGAUAGGCACCCGCGUCGCUGCCGUUCAUAUCAAUUAUUAGUCUCCACAAUUUGUUACCUCAUCGGUCACCACCGAAAUGUAUUGUUUGCAAUGGCUGAUUCCCGUUCUUCUGAUACCAAAGCCCGUGAACCCGGCGCUAGUGAACACGCACGUUAUGUUUAUGGUGCUGUACCUUAUUGGAUUCUUUCUGGAAAGGAAGCCUUGUACUGUGUGCAGUGUAGUAUUCCUAGCGGCUGUCACUCUUAUUUGUUACAGUGGUAUAGGUAACUGUUUGUUUUGGGCUCAGUGCGAAUGUGAAAAAUACGACACUUAGUAGCGCCCACACAAGCCUCAGAUGUGCUCAAUGUGCAAACUUAAGUGUUCCUGUCAACGAAAAUAUCAAGAGUUAUCCAGAAAAGUGGCAUCCGUGUGUUUUUAUCCAAUGAAUAAAACUUGUAUAUUUUUGUAAAUAGAAUAUUAUUAUCCACCAGUUUUCAUGUCAGAAUAUGAAUAUGGGGUCCCUAGUUGUGGACAUGCUAAUUUACUUACAUUAUCUCAUUUUUUAUGUUAUUGUUUUAUUAAAUUAUUUAAUAUUAUCAAAAUAAUAAUCAACAUAAAAAAUGAGUGUACAGUUACUGUUAGCGAAUAUAUUAUUAUGAUAAUAUUGUGAAUAAACUCUCAAAAAUGUA